AUGACGAAUGAAUACUACGACCUCGGAUCCUACCGGUUCACCGUGACGACCAGCUCCGCAGAGUGCCAAACCUGGUUCGACCGUGGUUACCUGUGGGCUCAAGGGUUCAAUCAUGAAGAAGCCGCUCAGUGCUUUAUCAAGGCAAUCAAACUUGACGAGAACUGCGCCAUGGCAUAUUGGGGGCUCUGCUACUCCAAAGGCCCAAACUACAACAAAGCCUGGAUUCGCUUUGACCCUGUCGAUUUUCGUCAGACCAUCGAAUAUGUCAAGCCCUUCCUCCAGAAGGCCAGAGACCUAGCACCAUGCGUGAGUCCAACCGAGGCCGCUUUGAUUCUCGCCCUUCAAUAUCGGUUCCCGAUACUGGAGGCAUCCGCAACCCAUCCAGACUCUUUGAAUCAAGAUUAUGCUCAGGCCAUGUGCAAUGUUUACGGAAAAUACCUAUCCCAUCUCGACAUAUCCGCGCUUUGUGCCGAGGCGUUAAUGUGCAUUAGCCCGCGUGCCCUCUGGGAUCUUGAAACAGGCAAACCUAGUGGCCCUCAUACUGUGAAGGCGCGAGACAUUAUCGAAAGGGCCAUGAGUCUUCCCGGUGGCCCUCAGCACCCCGCAUUGUGUCAUCUCUACAUCCACUUGAUGGAAAUGUCUCCAUAUCCAGAAGUUGCUCUUCCAGCCGCCGACCGACUACGCUCAUUGAUGCCGGAUGCGUCUCAUAUGCUACAUAUGCCCACACACAUCGACAUCGCCUGUGGCGAUUAUCGUCGCGCUGUCGACUCAAACCACCAGGCUAUAUUAUCCGACGACAAAUUCUUCGCGCGCACCAACGGUUCCGUCCUUUAUUUCAUGUACCGUGCACAUAACGUAUCCGCCAAGCUCUACAGUGCGCUGAUCUCUGGACGGUACCAAGAAGCCUCAUCUUCGGCUGAACGACUAUCUGAAAUUCUGACUCCGGAUAUCCUCCGAGUAUCGUGCCCGCCGAUGGCAGACUGGACGGAAAGUUUGCUGGGCGCUUCUGUACAUGUUAUGAUCCGUUUCGGGAAGUGGGAAGAUAUCCUGUGCAAGACUGUGAUUCCCGAUGAUCGCCAGCUAUACUGCUCUACCACCGCGAUGAUAUACUACGGUCGUAGUAUAGCGCUCGCAGUACUUGGCCGAGUGGAGGAAGCAAAAGUCGAGCAAGAAAAAUUCGAGAAGUCCAGACUACUCGUGCCCAGAACACGUCUGAACAGCGUACCGGUCAUUGAAGCCGAUCUACUAUGCGUUGCAUCCUCAAUGCUCCGAGGGGAGAUUCAAUAUCGAGAAGGUGACGUUGAAUCUGCAUUCCGCAGUCUGCGAGAAGCUACCGCUUUAGAAGACGCCCUCCCUUACGCAGACCCGCCACCUUGGAUGCAGCCAACCAGGCAUGCCCUGGGUGCUUUGCUUCUGGAGCAAGGACGGACCGAGGAGGCAGAGAUAGUGUACAGAGAGGAUCUUGGUCUCGGAGGAAACCUCCCCCGGCGUCAGGCUAGACUGAAUAAUGUCUGGGGCCUCCAUGGUCUUCUUGAAUGUCUGGUUCGGUUAGACAAGAAUGAUGAAGCGAGUACCAUCCGGGUUCAGAGGGACAUCGCUCUCGCGUCUGCAGAUACACCGAUUCUCGCAUCUUGCUUUUGCCGGCUGUCUGCUGUUGAGGAUGUCAAUGAUGCAAGUGAAAACUGCUGUCAAUGA